AUGUACGCAGAAAUCGUUGCUGCCCUCACAGCCACGGCCAUUAUUGGCUAUUUUAUCAUUUACCCUGUAUUUGCAUACCUUCGCGAUGCCAAGGGCCUUCGAAGAUACCCCGGCUUCCAUCCCCUGGCGGGCAUCACCAACCUGCCCUUUAUGGGCGAGGCAAUGACUGGAUUCAGGUCAAAGACUCUGUACGAGAUGCACAAGACCCAUCCUGUCAUCCGCACCGGGCCAAAUUCGCUCUCGUAUGGCUCUCUUGAUGCCAUCAAGGACAUAUACGGCCACGGCACCAAGUGUACCAAAGGUUUAUUUUACGAGACAUUAUCCGGAACCCACUUCCAUCUUGCCGAUGUUGUGGACAAGCUCGAUCACCAGCGGAAACGCCGCGCCCUCUCCGCAGCCUAUGCCCUCAAGAACCUGGAGAACUGGGAGUUCAAAGUUGCGGACAAGACCGAGCGCUUCCUCAGGGCUGCUGAUCGUCACUGCACCUUGCCUCUCAAGAAGGGCUUCCGCCCCGAUGCUGCCGACCUGACCUUCAACUACCGUGACUACUCCAACUUCUUCACGCUCGAUGCUAUUGCGGAUAUUGGUCUCAGCGAACGCUUAGGCUUCCUUGACCAAGGCCACGAUCUGGUCAAGGCCGAGCGGAUGGACGGCACCACUCACUACGUCAACUACCGCGAGUGUCUCCACGCUACUGCCCGAGCUCAGGCAGUUCUCGUCUGGUCUGAGAAAUGGUACAACUUCAGCGUUGAGCUCUCCAAGCUAGUUUCUCCAGACUUCCGGAAGUGGUGGAAGCUGAACGAGGGCUGGAACGACAUCGUCUACCACCGCGCUACCCAGCGACUCAAGCGAUAUGAGGCUGGGGAGAAACUCCCCGACUUCUUCCAGGCCAUCAUGGAUCACAACGACGCUAACGAUAGUGGAGUUGAGUGGGGAGAGGUUGUUGCCGAGAUUUCCAUCAUGAUGAACGCUGGAUCUGACACCACUGCUAUUGCUAUGAACAACGUUGUCUUUUGGCUACUUAAGCACCCUGCCUGCUUGGCUAGGCUUCGCGGGGAGAUCGAUGCUGUCCUUGAUGCUGAUGAGGUUAUCGCCCCAUAUGACAAAGUCAAACAUCUCCCAUAUCUGCGCGCUUGCUUAGACGAGUCGCUACGCAUUACUCCCCCAACCACCUUCGGUCUACCUCGUCGCACUCCCCCCGAGGGUGCAAAUAUCCUCGGCGACUUCAUCCCCGGCGACACCACCGUUUCCAUCUCCGCAUACGUCGCCCACCGAGACCCCAAGAUCUUCCCCGACCCCGAGGCCUACAACCCUGACCGAUGGCUCGGCGACAAGGGCAAAGACCUUCAGCCGUACUUCAUCAGCUUCAGCGCCGGUGCCCGAGGCUGCAUUGGCCGCAACAUCAGCUACCUAGAGCAGACUGUUUUGUUGGCCAGUGUUGUACAUAGAUAUGAACUUGCUCUGCCGUAUCCGGAGUGGGAACCUGAGAGACGGGAGACCAUGAAUCUUUCACCGGGCCCUAUGCCACUGAAGCUUUGGCGACGGGACCUUGGGGUUUCCGACUUUGAUGAAAAAUAA